AUGUAUGUUUUGAUGUUUAUGUUAAAGGUUCAAGAAUUGGAAGCUUUAGGAGGCCACUGUUUAUUGAUCUGCGGCUUUGAAGGCCAUGUUUUCCAUGGCUCAACAGAUGUCGGCAAUAAGAUGUUGAAUGAUAGCGAAAACGAUUUGGUACAUCACUUCGCCAAUUUGCUGCAGUGUUCUCAGGAUGGAAAGGAGAAUAUUUCCGUAAAAGCUAUUCAAGAACUUUUUAAUAAAAAAUACGGUGAAGUUGUGAAAAAGAAAAACGGGAAAAUGCCAUAUUCGAAAAUUCAAGAAUAUGGUAUUGCUUUUAUCGGACUUCCAGCUCAUCUGGAGAUAGAUAUUGGAACUACACCACGAAAGCCUGCUCUGUACGGUUCGGCUCAGCGUCGUGAAUUGUGGCAGUCUAGAAAUGCUUGGUCAUUAACUAUUACUUCAUCAAGUAAUCUUAUUUCCAAUGCUCACACUGAUGCCGGUCAUUCUGCUCUCCAAUCUAUUUCUGAUCCUGUUGUCUCUAACUGUAAUUCAACGCUUCAACUUCCAAUCCUCCUACUUCUACUGCCUUACAUUCUACUUUUUGUCUACACCUUCGACUUCCCAUCCUCUUACUUCCAGUCCUGCUGUCUCUAG